UUUUCUUCACGUCCCCUGCUUCUUGGUCCCCUCCCACUUCCCUGCUCACUGGCUUCUCGUCUAAAAACGUCCCGGGGAGCACAGCCGGGAGAGGCUCGCCCGGAGCGCGGGAAACGCCCGGGCCCGUUCCCUGGCACGUUCCCGCAGCCACCGGCCUUGGCCCCGCCCCGGGCCCUCGGCAGAGGCCGCCCCGCCCAUUAACGGCUGCGGCUCGCCCGGCACGCCCCGUGCCCCGCUUGUCACGCCCCGCGGGUCUCUCUCCGAAGCCGCCGGGGACGUGCGUUUGGGUCCGGCCUGAGACCACCGUUCCGCGACGUCUCCCCAGGGCUAUGGCCUGUUUGGACGAGGUGCGGCAGCUGAACAAAGAACAUCCCCGUUCCUUGACUAUGUGUGGCCAUGUUGGUUUUGAAAGUUUACCUGAUCAGCUGGUUGACAGAUCCAUUCAGCAAGGCUUCUGCUUUAAUAUUCUCUGUGUGGGAGAGACUGGAAUUGGAAAGUCAACACUGAUUAACACAUUGUUUAAUACUAAUUUUGAAGAGCUUGAAUCCUCCCAUUUCUGUCCAUGUGUUAGACUUAGAGCGGAGACAUACGAACUCCAGGAAAGUAAUGUUCGCUUGAAACUGACCAUUGUAAAUACAGUGGGAUUCGGUGACCAAAUAAAUAAAGAAGAGAGCUAUCAACCAAUAGUUGAUUACAUAGAUGAUCAGUUUGAAGCCUAUCUCCAAGAAGAGUUGAAGAUCAAGCGUGCUCUUUUUAACUACCACGACUCCCGUAUCCAUGUGUGCCUCUACUUCAUUGCUCCAACAGGCCAUUCUCUAAGGACACUUGACCUCUUGACCAUGAAGAGCCUGGACAGCAAGGUGAACAUUAUACCAUUAAUUGCCAAGGCAGAUACAAUUUCUAAGAGUGAAUUGCAGAAGUUUAAGAUGAAGCUCAUGAGUGAAUUGGUCGUCAAUGGUGUUCAGAUCUAUCAGUUUCCAACAGAUGAUGACACUACUGCCAAGAUCAAUGGUGCAAUGAAUGGACACUUGCCGUUUGCAGUUGUAGGAAGUAUGGAUGAGAUACAGGUUGGAAAUAAGAUGGUCAGAGCUCGCCAGUAUCCGUGGGGUAUUGUGCAAGUGGAAAAUGAACAUCACUGUGACUUUGUAAAGCUGCGGGAAAUGCUGAUUUGCACAAACAUGGAGGAUCUGCGGGAGCAGACCCAUACACGGCACUAUGAGCUUUACCGGCGUUGCAAACUGGAGGAGAUGGGCUUUGCAGACGUGGGCCCAGAGAAAAAGCCCCUCAGCAUGCUAGCUACUGGUCUUCAAGAGACUUAUGAAGCCAAGAGACUCGAAUUCUAUGGUGAACGUCAGAGGAAGGAAGAAGAGAUGAAGCAGAUGUUUGUCCAGCGAGUGAAGGAGAAAGAAGCCAUUUUGAAAGAAGCUGAACGAGAGCUUCAGGCCAAAUUUGAGCAUCUUAAAAGAAUUCACCAGCAAGAGAGGCUAAAACUUGAAGAACAGAGAAGGACUUUGGAGGAAGAGUCAGUUGCUUUCUGUAAGAAGAAAGCUGCCUGCGACCUCUUCCAGAACCAGUCAUUUAUGGCGACAGGCAGCAGCAUUAAGAAGGACAAGGACCGAAAGAACUCCAAUUUUAUGUAAUACAAGAGUUCCAGAGCACAGAUGGUCAUCACAAUCAAAAGUUAUUUGUAUGCUUUGAAAUUUUCCUCUUUUUGCCUUAUCACUGACUCAGUUAUCUAGCAAAGGGCUAAAGUUAGAAAAAUAUUUUCACAUAUAAGGCUGAUCUGCCAGCCAAAGUGUAUAUUUCUCACACAUUUACAGUCAUUCAGAAUCUCUAAGUUGCUGGUUUGCUGUGGAUCUCGGUCUACUUUCCUGCUGCCAAAUUGUCACUUGACUGCAUGUUAUUCUAAACAGCAAAGGGUUAUUGCCAUUAGAACUACAGAACUCCUUCAUAUUAUGGAUAUCUGAUUGUAUUUUCAUUCUAGCUGAACAAACGUUUUUGUUGUAUACUAAACAGAAAACACUGGAGGCAUAUACUUUGGAAUGUAUUACAAAGUUAAAGCUAACAUCAAUAGUAAAAAACUUUAAAAUAUUUGAUACAGUGACUCAAUUAGCAAUAUUCUGAGGUGUCAUGUCAAACUGUGUAACCUUUUGUGCUUCAAUGUGCCUUGUUGUGUAUUGCUUGAUAAAACAAAAUUUUAAAGUUAAAACAUACAUUUAAAGCUGGGUUAUCAUACUAUUUUCUUUAAGAUAUCAUAAAUAUUUUUUAAAAUGCUGCCUUUCAAGGGACUAAGAAAGUUGAAAGAAUAAGAAAGCUGAAAAUUGUAUCAGAGUAUCUGAAUCUUAAAUAUAUUAAAACUUGAUACUUCAUAUUUCAGGAGAUAUUUGCAUUCAGUGCCUUAGUAAUCCUAGAACAAUGUUUUAUCUUUUCUAAUGGUAUACGUAUAUAUGUUUUCAUUCUUUUGUACUUGAAUAUUCUGUAUUCUGAAUAAAAUUGAUAUUCUUGACAAAUCUA